AUGGUUAGUGCCGUUUACCACAACUACGCUGGUUUUUCGAACGUGACCACGUUCGCCGAUGCCUUUGAUAACUUCUCGAGAGUUACCGACUUGAACUAUGUCGAGAAGCUCUGGGCAUCCUACUACUACUGGAUCAACAACGACCUUUUCGCCACGGGUCUUUUCUUCUUCUUGAUGCAUGAGAUCAUGUACUUUGGCCGUUGUUUGCCAUGGGCCAUCAUCGACAGAAUCCCAUACUUCAACAAGUACAAGAUCCAGGAGACCAAGGUUCCUAGUAACAAGGAGCAGUGGGAGUGUCUCAAGUCCGUGUUGAUUUCUCAUUUCAUGGUGGAGGCUUUCCCUAUCUGGUUCUUCCACCCUGUGUGUGAGAAGAUCGGUAUUUCUUUCCAAGUGCCUUUCCCAUCUUGGUGGAAGGUGGCCAUGCACUUGUCCAUUUUCUUCGUUCUUGAGGACGCUUGGCACUACUGGUUCCACAGAGGCUUGCAUCACGGUGUUUUCUACAAGUACAUCCACAAGCAGCACCACCGUUACGCUGCUCCUUUCGGCUUGGCCGCCGAGUACGCUCACCCAGUUGAGGUUGCCCUCCUAGGCUUGGGUACUGUCGGUAUCCCUAUCGUCUGGUGCUACUUCACCAGAGACUUGCAUUUGUUCACCAUCUCAGUCUGGAUCUGCUUGAGAUUGUUCCAGGCCGUCGAUGCCCACUCCGGCUACGAGUUCCCAUGGUCUUUGCACCACUUCUUGCCUUUCUGGGCUGGUGCUGACCACCACGACGAGCACCACCACUUCUUCAUUGGCUCCUACGCCUCCAGUUUCAGAUGGUGGGACUUCGUCUUGGACACCGAGGCUGGCCCCAAGGGCAAGGCGAACAGGGAGAAGAGAAUGAAGAAGAACGCGGAGAAGAAGAUCCAGUAA